CCCGGCGAGCUUUGCUCCCGGUGCGCGCUUGUGUACGGCGGACGGCCCGUUAGACGCGGGCGGGAAGCGGGACCCUCGCGGGCCAUGGUGCACGCGGCGGCUCCGAGCCGCCUGUGAGCGACGCUAAGACCCAGCUGGGACUUGGGCGCACGAUGCUCUUCCCGGCGGGAUGCGCGGGGGCCAUGGCGUGGCUGCUGCUCCUGGUGCUCGCUGCGCCCACCGCCGCCGGGCCGUGGGACCCGCUCCCGCUGCAGCCUAGCAUGCCCCACGUGUGUGCGGAGCAGGAGCUGACCCUGGUGGGCCGCCGCCAACCCUGCGUGCAGGCCUUUAGCCGCGUGGUGCCCGUGUGGGAGCCGGGCUGCGGGCAGCAGGUGUGGUGCCUUGGCCACCAACGCAGAACCAUCUACUACACCGGCUUCCGGCAGGUAUACGCUGUGGAGGCCCGAACUGUGCUCAGGUGCUGCUCGGGGUGGAGCCGGCUGCCGGGCCGGGAGGGCUGCCUGUCCGAUGUGGAUGAGUGCCUUGCACACAACGGCGGCUGCCAGCACCGGUGCGUGAACACGCCAGGCUCCUACUUCUGCGCGUGCAAGCCCGGCUUCCGGCUCCACUCGGAUGGCAGGACCUGCCUGGCUGUCAACUCCUGUGCCUUGGGCAAUGGUGGCUGCCAACACCAGUGUCUACAGCUCACGACCACGCGGCACCGCUGCCAGUGCCACCCCGGGUUCCAGCUCCAGGAGGAUGGCAGGCGCUGUGUCCGCAGAAGCCCGUGUGCAGAGGGGAAUGGCGGCUGCAUGCACACCUGCCAGGAGCUCCAGGGCCUGGCCCAGUGUGGCUGCCACGCGGGCUUCCAGCUGGCUGCGGACCGCAAGGCCUGUGAAGAUGUGGACGAGUGCGCCCCAGGCCUGGCACGGUGUGCCCACGGCUGCCUCAACACGCAGGGAUCCUUCAAGUGUGUGUGCCGUGCGGGCUAUGAGCUGGGUGCUGACGGCCGGCAGUGCUACCGCAUUGAGAUGGAGAUCGUGAACAGCUGUGAGGUGGGCAACGGUGGCUGUUCCCAUGGCUGCAGGCACAGCAGCGGGGGUCCCCUGUGCACCUGUCCCCGUGGCUAUGAGCUGGACCAGGACCAGAGGACCUGUGUUGACGUGGACGACUGUGCUGACGCCCCGUGCUGCCAGCAGGUGUGCACCAACACCCCCGGCGGGUACGAGUGUGGCUGCUACGCCGGCUACCGGCUUAGCGCUGACGGCUGUGGCUGUGAGGACGUGGACGAGUGCGCCUCUGGCCGCAGCGGCUGUGAGCACCGCUGCACUAAUCUGGCUGGCUCCUUCCAGUGUUCCUGUGAGGCCGGCUACCGGCUGGAUGAGGACCGCAGGGGCUGCACCUCUCUGGAGGAGCCUGCAGUGGACCUGGACGGCCAGCUGCCCUUCGAGCGGCCCCUACCCCACAUCGCGGUGCUGCGGGAUGAGCUGCCACGGCUCUUCCAGGAGGACUCCGGGGCCGAGGAGGAGGAGGCAGAGUUGCGGGGAGAACUCACACUCGCCGAGAAGUACGUCUGCCUGGACAACUCCUUCGGCCCUGACUGCAGCUUGACCUGUGAUGACUGCAGGAAUGGGGGGACCUGCCUGCCGGGCCUGGAUGGCUGCCACUGCCCCAAAGGCUGGACCGGGCUCAUUUGCAAUGAGACUUGUCCUCCAGACUUCUUUGGGAAGAACUGCAGCUCCCCCUGCAGCUGCCAGAAUGGUGGAACCUGUGACCCAGUGACCGGGGCCUGCCGCUGUCCUCCGGGCGUCAGUGGAGCCCACUGUGAGGAUGGUUGCCCCAAGGGUUUCUAUGGCAAACAUUGUCGCAAGAAGUGCCACUGUGCCAACCGGGGGCGCUGUCACCGCCUCUACGGGGCCUGCCUCUGUGACCCGGGGCUCUACGGCCGCUUCUGCCACCUGGCCUGCCCGCCCUGGGCCUUCGGGCCGGGCUGCUCGGAGGAGUGCCGCUGUGAGCAGCCCCACACCCAGUCCUGCGACCGGAGGGACGGCAGCUGCCUCUGCAAGGCCGGCUUUCGGGGCGAGCGGUGCCAGGCAGAGUGUGAGCCGGGCUUCUUUGGGCCUGGGUGCCGGCAAGCGUGCACCUGUCCGCCGGGUGUGGCCUGUGACCCUGCGAGCGGCGAGUGUUGGCAGCAGUGUCCCCCUGGCUAUCACGGACAGGACUGUGGCCAAGAGUGCCCAGCGGGGACAUUUGGUGUGAACUGCUCAGGGUCCUGCUCCUGUGGGGGAGCCCCCUGCCACUGGGUCACAGGGCAGUGCCUGUGCCCACCAGGGAAGACAGGGGAGGACUGCGGGGAAGACUGUCCCGAGGGCCACUGGGGGCUGGGCUGCCAGGAGAUCUGCCGUCCAUGUGAACACGGUGGCCGCUGCGAGCCCGAGACGGGAGCCUGCCUGUGCCUUCCUGGCUUCAUUGGCAGCCGCUGCCAGGACGCUUGCCCAGCAGGCUGGUUUGGGCCUGGCUGCCAGAUGAGGUGCUCUUGUGCCAAUGAUGGGCACUGCCACCCAGCCACUGGACACUGCAGCUGUGCCCCUGGGUGGACCGGCCUCAGCUGCCAGAGAGCCUGUGACAGCGGGCACUGGGGGCCCGACUGCAGCCACCCCUGCAACUGUAGCGCUGGCCGCGGGAGCUGUGAUGCCGCCAGCGGGCGGUGCCUGUGCGAGGCUGGCUACAUGGGCCCUCAGUGUGAGCAGGAGUGUCCCCAGGGCUACUUUGGGCCAAGCUGUGGGCAGCGGUGCCGGUGCGAGCAUGGGGCAGCCUGUGACCACAUCAGCGGGGCCUGUACCUGCCCGCCCGGCUGGAGGGGCACCUUCUGUGAGCGCAGUAAGUGGCCAAGGGCCAAGGGUGGGUCAGGGCCAAGAUGCAGGCGGGUCCCCCAGCCGGGUCCUGCUCCCUGCCACACCUCACCCCACCCUGCAGCCUGCCCGGCCGGCUUCUUUGGCGUGGAUUGCCACAGUGCCUGUGACUGCUCUGCUGGGGCCACCUGUGACACUGUGACCGGCUCCUGCGUCUGCCCAGCUGGCCGCCAGGGCCCCCGCUGUGCUCAGACCUGCCCAGCCCUCACCUACGGCCUCAACUGCAGCCAGGCCUGUACCUGCUCCAACGGGGCCUCCUGCGACCCUGUCCACGGGCAGUGCCACUGUGCACCAGGCUGGAUGGGGCCAGCCUGUCUGCAGGCCUGCCCCGCCGGCCAGUAUGGCCAGGACUGUCAGCACUCCUGCCUGUGCCGGAACGGAGGGAGCUGCGACCCUGUCACCGGCCGCUGCACCUGCCCGGAGGGCUGGACUGGGCUGGCCUGUGAGGAUGAGUGCCGCCCGGGACACUAUGGGGCGGGCUGCCUGCUCAGCUGUAGGUGCCUCCACGGGGGCCUCUGUGACCGGCACACAGGCCACUGCCUGUGCCCAGCUGGCUGGACUGGAGACAUGUGCCAGAGCCCUUGUGCCCCGGGCACGUUUGGGCCUCGCUGUGAAGAGCACUGCACCUGCCGGCAGGGAGCCACAUGCCACCACGUCACCGGUGCCUGCCUCUGUCCCCCAGGAUGGAGGGGCUCACAGUGUGAGGAGGCCUGCCAGCGUGGCUGGUUUGGAGACGCUUGUGCCCAGCGCUGCCGCUGCCCGCCAGGGAACCCGUGUCACCAUGUCACCGGGGAAUGCCGGUGUCCGAGUGGCCUCAAGGGGCCUGGCUGUGAGCAGGCCUGUCCUCCUGGCACCUUCGGAGAGAGCUGUGGGCAGCUGUGCCGGUGUCCAGGCCACAACUGGGUCUGUCACCCAGCCACAGGAGCCUGCACGUGUGUCGCCGGCUACCACGGCCCCAGCUGCCAGCAGCGAUGCCCCUCUGGGCGCUACGGGCCAGGCUGUGAGCAGCUGUGUGGGUGCCUAAAUGGGGGCUCCUGCGACGGGGUCACAGGGGCCUGCCACUGUCCUGCAGGCUUCCUCGGGGCUGACUGCAGCCUCUCCUGUCCACAGGGCCGCUUCGGCCCCGACUGUGCCCACCUGUGCAGGUGUGGACAGGGCGCGACCUGUGACUCUGUGACUGGCACUUGCGCCUGCCCCCCCGGGAGGACCGGUGUCCACUGCGAGCAUGGCUGUGCCCCGGGCUGGUUUGGCUCAGGUUGUGAGCGCCAGUGCACCUGCAGGAACGGAGGCCUGUGCCACGCCGCCACCGGCAGCUGCUCCUGCGGCUUGGGCUGGAUGGGGCCACACUGCGAGCAGGCCUGUCCGCAGGGGCACUACGGGGCCGCCUGCCGCCUGGCCUGCUCCUGUCACAACAAUGGCACCUGCGAGCCCACAACAGGCACCUGCCGCUGUGGCCCUGGCUUCUACGGCCCGGCCUGUGAGCACUCCUGUCCCCCCGGCUUCCACGGCAUGGGCUGCAAGCAGGCCUGUGAGUGCCAACAGGGCGCCCCCUGCGACCCCGUGAGCGGCCAGUGCCUGUGCCCCACCGGCUUCCAGGGCCAGCUCUGCGAGGAGGGGUGUGAGCCGGGCUCCUUCGGCGAGGGCUGCCGCCAGCGCUGUGACUGUGGUGACGGGGUGCCCUGCGACCCCAUCAGUGGCCUCUGCCUCUGCCCGCCGGGGCGUUCGGGAGCCACGUGUGAGCUGACCUGCAGAGGGAGCCACUUCGGGCCCGGCUGUGCCCUGCGCUGUGACUGUGAGGGUGGGGCUGACUGUGACCCUGUCAGUGGGCAGUGCCACUGUGUGGACGGCUACAUGGGGCCCACGUGCCGGGCAGGUGGGGGCCCCCAGGUGUCUGAGAGCUUGUCACCAACCCAGGGCAAAGGGACGCAACCAGCCUCCAGCACCACAGUACCCAGGCUCAGCAGCAGGGCCGCCAAGCACUAGCUCAGGAGCUCCUGAGGGGGACCCAGGCCUGCAGUGACAACUGAGGACACACGUGAACCUGAACUGGCCCAGCCCUCUCUGGAGCGAUGUGGACAGCCAUGGGCCCUGUGGAUGGCUGCAUGGCCUCUCAGGCUGCCAGGGCCCUGUUGCCAGCUGGAGCGGGGCAGUAGCCUGGGUGCCAUCGGCUGUGCUGAGGAAGCCCCAUCCUGCCCAGCACUGGACCGGGACCCUGGUGGGGUGGGGUGGGGCAGGUCCUCCUGGUGCUAGGCCUGGACUGCUGCAGCUGGCUGCCUGUCCAGCUGGAAGCGAGCCCGGCCAUAUUUAUCUAAAUGUAUUUAUGGGCAGUGCUGAAGCAGCCCAGGCAGCUGGAAACGGCCCUUCGGCAGAAGCUGGACUCAGGUGGACCCAGGUCUCAUGGGGGGCUCAGGGUCGGUGUGAUGCCAACAGUUAAAGGAGCAGGCAGCUUC